AUGUCGCCCUCGACCGGACCCGAAGCGAAGGACGCGCCGAUGACUCCAAACUUGCAGAGCUCAUUUUCACUCAGCCCGUGGUCGACGCCGACGCUGAAUUACCUCGAUGAGACCAUGCCAACUACUGCCUCCCCUUUCUUCGACCUGCCGCGAGAGCUCCGUGACAUGGUAUACACCCUGCUGUAUGGCGAGCGGAGGAGCAUCAAAAUCCAGACACGUUCACAAUUCAUCUCCACGGAGUCUGCCAGAAGGGGGAGGGAAGGGAGAAAGUUUGUGCCCUCCAAGUUUCCCGAGUGUAGCAUUAGCCACCUAUGCUGCAUUAACAAACAGUACUUUCUGGAAGCAGCAAGGAUUUGGGCUGCCACUAAGGUCUUCCAAUGCGAAUACCUUAGUCUUUUCAUGGAAUGCCUUGGUAGUCCCGACUCACUAGCGCGCCAGGUGCUGCAGUAUAUUACUGAAGUCAAGCUCAUCUCAUGGUACGGCUACACACUGACACGACUCGCGCGAAGCCUACCGAGACUUGCGUGUGUCACCAUUUGCUUGAGAACAUGUGACUUGGUGGAACCUCUCGACUCUGAUGGCUUUCACAGAUCCAUUUGGGAAGACGAGCUCACCGAUGCGGAAUUCGCAAGCGUUCCUGUAGUGGGUGGUAAUGAGUGCUGCAUCGACAGAGCCUCGCCUCGACUCGACUGCUAUCGCCCCAGAACUUUGCUGAUUGUUCUCCCGCAAUUUAGGUCCAAGAGUUGUUGA